AUGGACCAGCCGGCACCACAAGUCGACCCUCCAGCAGACAACUUGCCUAUCGACCUACCGCUGGCCUUCAAUGCCCACACCGAGUACGUGGAGGAGGAGGUGGUGGAGGAGGAGGAGGAGACUGCUGGGACACUCUAUUUGGACUAUGGAGGGGAUAGAAUCGUACAUGUGCCCAAAGGCAAGACAGGCUUCUUUCUUGUCACAUUGGGUGAGAGUAAUGAUGGGCCGAGGUUUGUGACUAUCCCAGAGGGAGCGCCGCUCGCUGAGCAUGUUCCGGUGAGGGUGUCCCCCUGUGGUAAUUUCUUCGCUUAUGCUACUGCGGGUCCGAUUCCACAGCUGUUGAUCGCAAGAAUGGGCGCUCCCUCAGUGCGAGUCAUUGAGAUACCACUGGCCCCUGGUGUUAGAAUUGACACCAUUGUCGAUGUCCUUUGGGUACGGCAUGAAGAGGCUCACAGUUCAGCGUUGCAAUCCGGAACUGCCUUGCCUAUCGUAUUGGACUCUUAUAUGCUGGUUGUGGUCUCUCAUCAUUCUCUAGAUGUCCUUCGGCUCUCCUCGGCGCUCAAAUUCGCCAAGCCACUCCGACGAUUUCCUCUCUCUGGCAGCAGUAGCCGCUCCAACAACGAUUCUAGGGCUCAAACGCCGGCCACAGUUCGUCACGUUUGGUAUGAGCCUGAUAGUGGUAUUUGCGUGCUUUGCAUCAACCAGAGGACUCUGCAGCCGUUUGAUCUCAAGCCACGUCUGAGAAACCCACAGCUGCCAUCGGUCUCCCCGAAGUCAACUAAAGCCACCAUCGCUGUCAAGAUGCCCAAAUUCGAUCUCUAUCCCGCAGACGUGCACAACCCCAGUGAUUGCGUAGAUGAGGUAUCCCUCCUUCGUAUUGACUCAGUUGCAAGCACAACUUCUCGUAAGCUUGUUGCUGGUACGUACAUCUGCCACGUUGAUAGUGCGGCUGGCCGACUCUCAUUGCGGAAUCUGUCUGUGAGUGGUUUGGCCAGUCCCGAGCACGACGCGGUUAUUCAGCUCCCGGCCCUAUCCAGAUCAACAGGACGAGGAUUGCCACAGUUAGCGGUGCAUGUUGUCGAUGGUCUAAUAUGCGUCUCCCGAUCUCUUGGAACCUCCGAGGCUGUAUCACCAACGUGGUACAUCUACGAUAUCUAUAUACGAGGUUCGGGCCGCUCUCUGCCGCUAGUGCCGCCGUUCCGGUUGGAUUACCCUGGCGCAAUGCGUUCGUCAGACAUCCUGCGAUCAUCACAAAACAAGUAUGUCAUACUGGCUGAAGAUAAACGUACUAUGGUCUAUGGCUUAGAGCUCCAAACUAGCCCAUUCGUCGCUGAUUUGAUGAGCUCAGAGUCAUUGUCUAUGUUGGAAAUCGCCACAGUAUUGUUGAGACGUCAAGGAUGCCGCGACGAACUGUGUCAGACACUAAGGUACUUCCUCAGUGAUAGAGACCCAUCUCCAACUCUGGAGGAGCUCGCUUAUAUUUUCGAUGCUACGAAUGCAUCCUAUCGAGAAUGCAUAGAGCGAACCCCUCUCCUCGGUGGCGAGAGCGGCGCUAUGGUCAGCUUGGCUCGGCUACUCGAGUCCGCUGGCAGCCGCACUAUACUCACUGAAGUAGAUGCGGUCGAUUGUAUUUUUCACCCGGUUUUAUGCUCGAUCCUGCCAGAUUGUCCUCGGCCUCCUCUGACUGCGGGUUCUACUGAACUCCUUCGCUAUGGCCUGGAGUGUACUCCGGAGUCAUCGUGUUUACAGAAACUGCGCAAACUGUUGUCACAAGUUUUAAUAUUCUGCCGCUCAUUGUUGGCCUUGUCGGUGUAUCCGCAUAGACGGGUACAACUCUUCCUUUUCGAUCUCUGCGUUGUGGCGCGUCAGCAGCAUUGGUUGCAACAACUCCUGCACUAUCACGUCCUCCUGGAUUCUGCGGAGAUCGUGGAGCGUCUGGACUUCAUGUGGAGGUAUGAUAUUGGUCAGAAUGAUACGCGGAGUAUCAGUUGGAGUCAACAGUGCAUGAUGGAUAUGGCCUGGAGAUUGCUCAGCACACGGUCAGCUAGUCCGAAGCUGAUUGAGCUCCUCACUGAGGCGCUGUUGGAUGGCGGGGACCCAGUCGACAUCGUGGCGUUUUUGAGGCAGCAGACAGAACUAGGGGGAUCCAACGUUCCCUUGGUUGGGAUAUUAGAGAGGGCGGAAGAGCUUGUCGAGGAAGGGAAGGUAGUACUGUGUUCAUAG